AUGUCCCGCCUCCUCCACUUCCUUAUUAAGGGUCUCUGCAUAUUUUCUCUUGCCUUAUCUGCUCUUUUUUUUCCUUUUUGCGUUCAUCUUCUAUUUUCGUUCAUGGUAAACCUUCCCGGAAUCGUUCCAUCCGCCACCGAGUAUCGUCGGUUGGUGAUUUCUUAUGGUUUGUCUUCUUUGGAGGGUGUAGAGUUUCCCUCUCCUGGUUCCAUUAUCUCCUCCCCUGGUAAGAUUGGGGUUUAUCUGAAAACCCAAGACGUUGGUAUACGCUUUCCACUGAUGGAUUUCCAGGAGGAGGUCCUUCAGAAAGAUGGCUGUAGCCUCUAG